UAAGAGAAAAAAAUUUUAAUAAAUUUUUUAAAAAAUUCAUAAUUCAUAAUUUACAAUGAGACAUAAAACUGGCAAGGAACUAAGCUUUUCAAAGUUCGCGGUAAAUAAUUACGCUAAUGGUGGUUAUCAUCAUUCUAACCCAGCCUUAAAUACCCCAGAUAACUUGCAAUCUGAUCUCGCUACUUUCAAAAAAUUUUCGGCGGCUAACAAUGGGUUGUUUGGAGGGAAAAAUGAUAAAAUAAUCAUGUACAAUAAAUGUAUCAACCCUCUGUACAACGGAGGAUUCGAUAACAACUUCCGAAUAAACGGCGUUUUAAAGAACGUUCCAAACAUGUACAGCAAGAUGACCUUUGACGAACUUCGAUGGAAUCAAGCAGCCGAUUUAAAUGAAAAUAUGAACACUCAAGGUUGUUCCAAAGAAGAAGACAACAAUAAAGAGUUAGCGAAUCCAAAACAUUUAACUAAUUAUCAAUUGAUAACGGUGAUUCUUAUAUGGCUAUCUCUGUGGACGUGCUUUAUUUUGCUAAAAUUUACUCUUUUAGUGCUCAGCGUGAACACUUUACCAUGGAUCCUAGGUCUGAACGUCGAAAAUCCUGGUUCUAUAGUUGGAGGACUAUGGGGAUAUUGCUUGAUCGGUAACAAGAUGAAUAGUUAUGACGAAAAGCCUUUCUGUCUCAGUUAUGCCAACAUGUCUACUAUAAAUCCUUCCAACAUGGAGUUUUCCAACGCUUAUGACAUCGCCUUACAAAAUACGGAGCUAGACUCGUAUAAUUACAGGGAUGCUUCGCCAAAUUCUUAUAGAAGCCCUAAGAUGAUAAUGGGCUUAUAUUUGAAAUACUGGUUCAUUUCUUUUUUCCAAUAUACCCGAGGGCCAAUCCAUCCUCUCUUGAGCGCAUAUAUAGGGGCAUUCGUAUUCGUUAUAUCUUUAAUGUUUUACUUUGCAACUAUUUUAAGUUUGUUGAUCUUAUUUUGGUGUCUUCCUAGGGUUAAAUUUCUACACUCACAUGUCAAUGGUAUAAAUACUAAAGUGAAUAGCGAUAAUAUUAAUAAUGUCGAUGAAAAAAAUAGCCUUCAAAAACCAACUAUAUCUAAAUUAAAACGCAUUCAAAUCGUCAUCGUAAAACAUUUAUUGUUGGUGGUCGGGUGGUCAUUAAAUAUAACAGCAUUGCUCAAUCUUUUAUCCACCCUUAUUUAUCCCCUAAGUUGGAAAGAUGAUAUAAUAAGAAGGGUGUGUGGAAGAAACACGAAAGCAUAUGACUUGGAUGGUUGCGUCAUAGGAAAUGGAUAUUACUUGGCUAUUUUAUGUUUAUUUAUCGAGUUCUCUCUUGCAACUUUAGCCAUUUUUACGGCCAGAAAAGUGACAGAAUUACAAAUCGCCACAAAAUUUAAAUUAUCAAAAAGAUACUUAGGAAGAAAAUCUAAUUGGAAGUUAGACGAAAUUCUCAAUAUUGAUUACGAAAAAUACAAAUUGAACUCUAAUCAAUAUUUAGUUGGUUCAGAUAGUAGGUUAUAAAAAAAAAUGGUGGUUGUAAGGCUAAUUAAAGCAUUACAUAGACAAAUUUUCAUUAUUUAAAUAUUUAUAUAACUAUAUUUUUAAUUUAUAACAUUGUUAAUGAAUAAUUAUAUUCGGGUCCUUGUGUUUUCUAAUUAUAUUUCUUACAUUUUUUUUCCAAAAGGCAAAUUAAUUUUUUUUUG